UUCUGAUCUUCUCUCUUAUUGCAACCAGGCUGUUUGUUCUCAUUUCAUUGUGCUGGACGAUCUGCUGAACUAAUCCUACUUCUCCGGUCAUGCUGCGGUCGCCACUUCGGGCUUGUGGUGCCCCCAGGGUGCACCGCUACUCCCUCCGCUAUCGGCGUGCGCCAAAUCCGCACCUCCGAAGCUGUUGUCGCGGUUUUACAGACUCCUCAGCAUGCCAUCCCACUUUCUCCCAAUUUGACCGAUCAGAUUUUACCAGUCAGCCAUGGACUGGCAGCUAUGAAGCUGGAUUGCCGACAGCUGGGCCUCUCGGGUCAACGCCGGCCUUUGGAGCGCCGCGGGUCACGCCGAGAUCUUUGAAACAUUAUCUUGACCAGUUUGUGGUGGGACAGGACCGGGCUAAAAGAAUUCUGAGUGUCGCUGUGUUCAAUCACUACCAGCGAGUACAGGAAUUGCGAAGAAGGGAGGAGGAAAAUGCGGAACUACUAGCCAAGCGAGCGCGCAGAGAAGCUCUUGAGCGUCAUCCAGUCGAAGAUGAAUACCCAGGUCAACAACGGACAGUAGCUCUCCCUCCUGAUGCGGAUAUAGUUGCGCCUACUACGCCUCCCGUCGAACUAGAAGAUACACCCGAUUCCUCGCCGCUUCAGUUAGAAAAGUCGAAUAUCCUGUUACUGGGGCCAUCAGGUGUUGGUAAGACAUUGAUGGCAAAGACACUGGCGAGGAUCCUCUCAGUCCCAUUCAGCAUCUCCGAUUGCACCCCAUUCACGCAGGCUGGCUACAUUGGAGAAGAUGCAGAUGUGUGCGUCCACCGGCUUUUGGCCGCGGCCAACUAUGAUGUCGAGCAGGCAGAACGUGGCAUAAUUGUACUUGAUGAAGUGGACAAGCUUGCAGCCACGAAGAUCAGCCACGGUAAAGAUGUCAGUGGCGAAGGAGUGCAGCAAGCUCUUUUGAAGCUCAUUGAAGGUACAACCGUCCAGGUUCAAGCGAAGCAGGAGAAGAGCGCUCCCCGCGUUAACAACGCACCUAACACAUACCCGUCGAAUAGCCCUCUAGGCAAUUCCCCAUUUGCCCCAUCUGGUGGUGGGCAUGCGCAUCAGAAAGGCGAGGUCUACAAUGUCCGCACCGACAAUAUCCUCUUCAUAUUCUCCGGUGCCUUCGUCGGUUUGAAUAAGGUUGUCAUGGAUCGAAUUUCGCGCGGCUCAAUCGGCUUUGGUCAACCUGUCCGGACGCAGUCAGGCUCAUCGGAGCGGCUGAGGGAAUCAGGCUCGGCCAAUAACCAGCCGCUUCCCAUUCUACCUGGCUCUGAAGAGGAAGCACUCUACAAAAAACAUCUCCCCUUCUUCAGCUCUGCCUCCUCCGCGUCGCCCAACGGCGAGCCAGUAUAUUUCAAUGCCUUGGAUCUUCUGAAUCCGAGCGAUCUACAGAAUUAUGGCUUUAUCCCGGAAUUAGUGGGACGUGUCCCCGUCACCGCUGCACUAUCCGCCUUAACGACGCCUUUACUCGUCCGCAUUCUCACGGAACCUCGCAACUCCCUCCUAGCCCAGUAUACAACUCUCUUCUCCCUUUCCGGCAUCGAGCUCCGCUUCACGACGCCCGCAUUGCACAAAAUCGCCGCCAACGCCUUUACCAUGGGCACUGGUGCGCGGGCUCUCCGAACCGAGCUAGAGACGAUCCUUAGCGACGCAAUGUUCGAAACACCCGGCUCGAGCGUCAAAUUCGUUCUGGUCACCGAAUCGGUCGCGGAGCGUAAGGAGAAGCCCAUCUACUUGUCUCGCGGCCAAGGCGGGCGGUUCCAUUCUCUCAUCGCGGCCGAGGAAAGCAAGUGGGAGGAGAAGCUGCGCCGUGACAAGAAAGCCAAAGCCAAAGAUAAACAGGCCAAGCCGCCGUCUCCGCCGGAAAUGCCUUCCAUCACGAACUUCAAAGAGUAUCGUACCCGCGCAGCCGGCUUCUGAGGGGACAUUGAUGGGUUUCCGCUCUGCUACGAAUGUCGUUGAUUAUGUUUUGCCUUCUAUCCCUAUGUCUCUCUCCGUAUCUGUUUGCACAUGAAGCGUUUGGACGUUUUGUUUUUAUUUGGACUCGGUUGGCGCUUUUGGGGGGAGGCAAGUGGCUUGGUCAGUUUGUUCUCUCGCUGUUGUUCUUCAUCAUUGUAUGCAAACACGCACCUUGUGAAUAUCAUGAU